AUAUUGGUGAUGCUUCUGUCCUGAUGGCUAAGGCCAUAGCUAAGGCCAUAGCUUAGGCCAUAGCUUUUAAAGAAGGUCUCCAUACAGCUUGGUUGCAACAAAUCCCACAGAUUCUAGUUGAGGGAGAUUCAAAGAGCACCAUGGGCGACGACUCUCCCGCCGAAACAGGACCGCCCCAGAGAACGCCGGAGGAGCUCGUAGCCAAGUCCAUCGCUCCGGUAAAGAAACAGUUCCUUCGCCCUGCACCCAUCAGGCCUGGCUCUAAGGAUCAAAACGACGCCGUCUCCGAGGGCAACGCGAAGCCUCCCCAGUCUAGCGUAGUCAAGGAGAAGAAGUCCAAGCGGCAGCUCAAGCGUGAACGGCGCGAGGCACAGAAAUUGCCUCUCGGUAUCUGUCCAGAGGUAGCAAAGAGAGGAGAUGUUACUCGGUGUCCAUAUAAGGAUCAGUGCCGCUACAGCCACGACAUAGAAGCCUUUAAAGCUCAGAAACCUGAGGACAUAGAGGGAGAGUGUCCUUUUAUGGCAGUCGAUGAGCCAUGUCCUUAUGGUCUGUCGUGUAGGUUUUUGGGCACUCAUAAAGAUGGUGUCGCAGAUGGAGAUGUGAAUGCUCAUAGACGAAGCUCUGAGAUGAAUGGAUUAAGCAAAAAUGUGCAGAAGCUUUUGUGGAAAGAUAAAGUGAAGUUCACCAAGGCAGAUGCCAAACUCAAGGCUCUUGGUCUCAUGGGGCAUGCCAAGUCAAAACUAAAUGCCUUGUUAAAGGAGAAUGGAUUGGAUGUUUCCAAGAAUUCUGAUGUUACUGAUAGAAAUGACUGUAGUGAAUUUCCCAGUAACACAGAUGAUAAAGUGGAGUCCAACGCUGAGAUAAAAGAAGAUGGACGUGCCGAUGAAACAUUUCAAUCUGAUGAAAUGGAAUUGUCUGCUGAAGUAAAAGAAGAGGGAGGUGCUAAUGAAAAAUUUCCAUCAGAAGAAUCUAGGCCGUCAAAGAAGGCAAGAUGUGAAAGUGAAGAGGAGUUUGUCUGUGGUGAAGCAGAUGAUGGAGGUGAGAGUGCUUUGGAAAAAGUUGUUGGGCAAAGCUGCACGCAACCUGAACCAGAAUCUGCAGCUAAUGUUGAAUUCUCAGAGAAUGACAAAAGUUUAAAGACACACCCACGUGAAAAGAAGCUUAUUGACUUCAGAGAAAAGUUGUAUCUUGCACCUCUGACCACGGUCGGAAAUCUUCCAUUCCGAAGGGUUUGCAAAGGUUUAGGGGCAGAUAUAACAUGCGGUGAAAUGGCAAUGUGUACAAAUCUUUUGCAGGGUCAAGCAUCAGAAUGGGCCUUGCUGAGGAGACAUUCAUCUGAGGAUUUGUUUGGAGUUCAGAUAUGUGGGUCAUAUCCAGACACUGUAGCACGCACUGUUGAACUUAUAGAACAAGAAUGUACCGUGGACUUCAUUGAUAUAAAUAUGGGGUGCCCAAUAGAUAUUGUUGUGAACAAAGGUGCUGGCUCAGCUCUUCUAACAAAACCAAUGCGAAUGAAAGGCAUUGUUCAAGCAGCUUCUGGUACAGUUGACAUUCCUAUAACUAUCAAGGUCCGCACAGCCUAUUUUGAGGGAAAGAAUCGUAUUGACUCACUUAUCGCUGACAUGGGCAACUGGGGAGCCACUGCAGUAACAAUACAUGGUCGAUCACGACAACAACGCUACAGCAAGCUUGCAGAUUGGGAAUAUGUGUACCAAUGCGCUAAAAAAGCCCCUGGUUCUUUGCAAGUCCUUGGAAAUGGAGACAUAUUUUCUUAUGUAGAUUGGAACAAGCACAAAGUUGAGUGCCCUGAACUGUCUUCAUGCAUGAUUGCUCGAGGAGCGCUAAUUAAGCCUUGGAUUGUCACAGAAAUAAAGGAGCAGAGGCACUGGGACAUCACUUCUGGGGAGCGAUUUAAUAUUUUGAAGGAUUAUGUACGUUGUGGCCUCGAACAUUGGGGGUCUGACACAAAAGGUGUCGAGACAACUAGGCGUUUUCUGUUGGAAUGGCUCAGCUACACUUGUAGAUAUGUACCCGUUGGUCUUCUAGAUGUCAUCCCACAACGACUGAGCUGGCGCCCACCAUCUUAUUUUGGACGUGAUGACCUUGAGACACUAAUGGGUUCUGAUUCUGCCGCAGACUGGGUUAGGCUGUCUGAGAUGUUGCUUGGGAAGGUUCCAGAUGGCUUCACAUUUGCACCGAAGCAUAAAUCCAAUGCUUAUGACCGAGCAGAGAACGGCUAAUAUUGCAGGGUUGAUUUAUCAACAUUUUUGUGGAUUACAAAGAUAUGUUUUUUCUACUUAGCAUCAUGCCUCAUUCAACUUUUUGGUACUGUUGGUGGAAGCGGGUUAUGGCGUAUAAGGAAAAAUCUCAACAAGAAUUCUCAAUUCUGCUGAUAUUGGAAAGUGCCCCACUGUAGUUCUCAAGUUAAAUCUAGAGACCCUCCGAUUUUGAUGCUUUUACGAUUGUUACGAUAUUUUUCUUGUUAAAGAUCAGUCAUUAGAGAUUUUGUUGUUGUAAACAAGCGGCAUACAAUUAUUUAUCAAUAGAUUAAAUAAACUGGGAUUACUGCAACAUUUUAUUG